AUGGUGACCGUGUCGGGGAUUAUCGGACAGACUCGUUCAGACUCUACUGAUCCAUUGUGUGAGGUGGGCUGGAAGCACUAUGGCCUCAACUGCUACCAUUUUUCCCAGCGCGUGCGAUCGUGGGAGACUGCGAAAAAAGACUGCGAGACGAAGAAGGCUCAUCUGGUGGUCGUUAACGACAAGCAAGAAAAUAAUUUCCUACACGAUCUUUCACAAUAUUGGACCACGUGGAUCGGUCUCACGGAUGCGGAAGGAUCCUGGAAAUGGGUGGAUGGGACUUCUUAUGAUGCUACUCCAAAGUUCUGGCGGCCCGGUCAGCCCGAUAAUUGGUUUGGUCACGGUUUCGGAGGCGGGGAAGACUGUGCUCACCUGAAGGGCCCAAAUGGCUGGAACGAUGGUCCUUGUUCCCAGGGCUUACCAUACAUUUGUGAGAAGAAAAUGCCUUGACCAGCUGAGGAGAACAUCUGAUAUCUUCAUUCCUAUCGCAACUUGCCAGGGAAAAGGACGUCUCCAACGGCUGAUACCCUCUCACUACCUGGGUAGCCAUUACAAUUCCCUAAAUCCUCUGCUGCACUACAGUGAUGAGUCUACCAAUAAAA